AUGCCUGUAUACUGCAUAACCGGUACGAAUCGUGGCCUCGGCCUCGAAUUCGUGCGACAGCUUGCUGCGGAUGCCGACACGACCAUCAUCGCCGGUACUAGGUCGCUCGAUGGCGACCUCUCAGACCUCAGGGCAAUUUCCGGUCCGGCCAAAAUUCAUAUCCUUGCCUGCGAUACCUCGGAUCCCGAAUCGGUACGGCGGUUUGCCUCGGAGGCGAAAUCCAUCCUGGGAGCGGCGAAUCUCCAAGUCGACUUCCUCCUCAACAACGCAGGCAUCCGCGUCAACGUCAUUGGGCCUGCAAAGACGGUGGAGUUUCUCAAUGCCGAGUCGCUGCUCUCGGCCAACGUGAGGAUCGUUAACUUCACUUCGGGCCUGGCGUCGAUGUCAGAGAGCCUGGGCGCAGAAGGCAACACAUUUCGACAAUGCUGCACGUACAGUAUCUCGAAAGCAGGGCUUAAUAUGCUGGCGGUGCACCAGUCGGGGGAUCUGAGGAAGAAGGCCGGCCUCACUGGGGCCGUGGUCAUUGUGGUAGACCCGGGCUGGGUCCGGACGAGGAUGGGUGGACCGAACGCAGUUUUGGAGCCUCACCAGAGCAUUGCGGGAGUUUUGAACGUCGUCCACGGCUUGACGGAUAAGGAUAAUGGGUCGUUUUACUUGUAUGAUGGGACACAAAAGCCCUGGUGA